CAGUACUUCGACAAGCAAGCUGCAUCCUUACCCAUACCCAACACGCUCUCGGUGCAACUUUCGGUGCAUACUUCUCGCCGGCAGCUCGCGUGCGACACACCGCAGAAUCCUUUAUAAUAUGUAUCCUUUAUUUCGCGUCCUGCAUAGUUGACACUAGCGCUUGGCUGUGUUUUGGACACACAGCAUCGUUGGCAGUCACACUCGCCGGGUGUUUUGCGCGGUCCCACGAAGUCCACUGGAAAAAGCUUUGCAUGAAAGUCCAUGCACAUCACACCUGCUCCUUCUCCUGCUGUCCGAGGCAGUGGCAGAGGCGAAGUCAGCAGUUGCCGCACGUCCAGCGACCACGCGGACCGUCCAAGUUGUGCGCGCGCAAUAUGAGCACGUCCACAGCCCCCACCGCGGGACGGCCCCGGCAGCUCGGCUGCGCAUGGCUCUUAGCUGCGCUGCUAGCGGCGUGCCAAAUUGCAGAGGGCCGGAUGCCGAGCGACCGGUCCUACGACACUAGUAUCGACUGGGCUGCCGGCUUCGUGGCUAAGGGCCCGGGCGGAUGCACCUGGGCCAAGAAGGCCGACUUCAAACCGCCGCCCGUGUGCCGGCCGCCGCGGCGCGAGGUGACGCGGGCAGAGGCGGUGACGCUAGGACCCAAGUUCUCGCCCAUCCUGUACCAGCACCCUCUGGACACAUCCUGGCUGACGGACCCGGGCCAUUGGUUUGACGAUGCGCGCGUGUAUCAGGUGGUGACGUGGAAGGACAUGCGGACGUUCCGUGUCCCCAACACAACGGGUUUUACACGCGAAGAGUUCAUCAUGGGCCAGGAGCUUAUUGCCACGAGGCUGCUCCGCACCGAGUUCAACCAGACGACCGGCGAGACCAAGUUCAUUGUCGUUAACAACACCGAGCUGCACCGACUGGCCAUCAUGGACCCAGUGGUGGACGGCCGCCUGACCGGCAAUGUGUACUACACGAUGUUCCGGCCCCACGACACCGGCACCGGCGACCUGGUCCCGCACGCCUACGUGUACACCUACCACUACUACUUCCCCUGGAACGGCUGCAGCAACCAGGCGCUGGUCACCUCGGUUGACGGCAAGCGGCAGGGCAUUGAGUACUACAUGUGCGCGGAUGGCAUCCACGAAGGCGACCUGGAGCACAUCAAGGUGUAUGUGUGCGAGGACGACCUCAUUGACCUGCUGCAGCCCAACUCCGCAGCCGACCCCGCAGCAGCCAUCCGCCGCACACAGUACAGUCAGCACGGCUGGCUGCCCGACUUCGACUGCGAUGCGGGCGAGUGCAACUACGAGAGGGACCCCAAGGGCGUGCGGCGCCUGGCGGCGUAUGCGGGGCUGUUCAGCCAUGCAAUGAACCACGAGCCCAGCCCACUCUUCGUUUACGAGAAGAUUCGCUGGCAGCGCCUGCUCAACAUGGAUGGGCUGUACAUCUCCGACCGAUUCGCUCGUGGCCCUGUCUUCUACCCCAACGACAACAACACGCGCUGGCUCCCCUUUAUGAGCGAAAUGACUCAGGAGCAGUCGAGUGGAGAGUUCAAGUGGGCCAUGUUCCCGGGCACGUGGGGCGCAACACUAGUUGCCACCAGCCGGCGCACCAUCACGUGCUUCUUCAACAACUUCACGGCUGAAGCGCCCUGCAACGACACAAAUCCGGCGUUUUGGGUGCUGGAUGUCAUUCUGCGGCCGGCGGGCGGAAGCAUGGACAACCUCACAUGGGGGGCCCUGCCCGGGGGCAACACAGUCAGCGGCCCUCUCUGGCGCCGGGUCUUCUCAUUCAACUGGGAGUUGGAGCGCCAGUCGCCGCUGUUCAUGGAGAGUGUGGCGGGCGGACUGCUGGACAAGAACGACGGGCUGUGUCCCUUUGAGGGCGAAUUCAUAGCGCCCAAGCCGGGUACUGGUGCGUUCCACUCCACCAAUCUUGGCGAGUUCAUCGGUGGUGUGGUGGGGCUGGUGCUGGCGGCCAGUGUGGUGGCGUUCGCGAUGGUGCUGCCCAUGCUGCUGGUGCGCAAUGAUGAGCACGUGCUACGGCAGCUGGAGGAGCAGGCGGCGGCGCAGAUUCAGCAGCUGCAGUCCAUAUCCAAACCCGGAGACCCGCCGGCGGCAUCAGCUACUGCCGUAGCCGGCAUCCCACCAGGCGGAGGCGGCAGUAGCAGCGCUUGGCCGCAGGCUGUAGCGGAGGGCGUGGAGGCGCCUGCCAACCCGGACGCCGCAGCCGGCCCCCUGCAGGGGCAGCCUCAGCCGCCGCAAGUGGCAAUGAGCGUGGAGGUAGGCAGGAGUGCUGGCCGCAAGGAGGUGGCGGCUGUAGCGGCUGUAGCAGCUGUAGCAGCAGCGGGCGCCAAAGCGGUCACGCCACCCUCGCCAGCGGCGCCGCCGGUGCGAUCCGGCGCCUCGGGUUCGUACUCCAUCUCAAUCCAGACAUCGUACCUGGAGAUGAGUCACCAGUUUGUCAUGCGCGCCUUCCAUGCCAGCGUCAUGCACCGCUACAUGCUGAUGGUGUGGGUGUUCGUGGGCAUAGCCGCCUACAUCUGUGGCGUCGUGCUGGGAGCUAUCGGCGCCGCGGACGUGGCGACGGCGCUGAACCGCCUGGCGCCCUUGGACCUGUGGAAGGUACUGAGUCACGCUAUCAUGGUUGUGUUCAUCAUCUUCGGGCUUGUGCACCUGGGAGUCAUCAUCGCCUCCAUCGCGAUCCGCCCCUGCACUGGAGAUCUGCUGAGGCAAACCUACGCGCGAGAGUGCGGCCGCUGCGGCACUGGCAGCGGCGACAAGGGCGGCAGUAGCGGCUGCUGUGCUUGCUGCUGUGCGGAGGACAAAGUGGAGCGACUACGUCAGUCGUGGACCGCACACGCCGUACUGUCGGGAUUGCUGUCCAUCGAGAUGAAUGUGACCAUGCUGCUGUUUGCUCUGGGCUUGAUCACGUGGGUCGCGCGCAUCGGCAUUGAGGAGUCCUGCUACUUUGCACUGUCCAGUGUUUUCAACGUUGCCAGCUUCCUCAACGACAUCUGCCUGGACCUUUCUGUAAUCGGCAUCGACAGAAUCGUGUGCGGCGCCGACCUGAGCUCCCUGUGCGCCAUCUGGUCCGACCUGUCGCCCGACUACCUCGUGUACGGCAGCCUGUUGCUGCUGAUCGCGCAGACCAUGUUCCUGGUUCUGGCCACCACCAAUUACGUGGGCAUGCGCACGGGCGCCGCCAUCACCGCAGCCAUGGAUCUGGCGGAUCGCGCCUCACGCGAGGCCGAGCGCGCGUCGCGCCGCCUGAGGCAGCAGCAGGAGGCGGCCGGUGGCGGCGGCAGCUCCAAGGGUCCGGGAUGGAGCAAGAUGUUCAAACGCCGGGGUGACGGUACGGCUGGAACGGGGGUUGCAAUGACUCCGUCCGGCACCCCUGGAGUGGGGGCGGCGGCGGCGGUGCCGGCGGCGGCGGCGCAGGACAAGGUCAGGUCCGAAGGCGGCGGGGGCAGCGAUGGAGGCAGCGGUGUGAGUGGCACCGACAGCGGCAAGUAGGCGCAAGGCGUGGUGAUAUCGUAUCAGCUCGAGCGUUUUUUAAGGCCCAGGCCGGGGCCCAAGGAAAGGUGUUGGUGUUCAAAGAGGUUGCUUGGUUGGUUGGCGGCAACGUCGAGGCACUAUGUGCUUGCUGCGACUACAUCGGCCUGCAUGAGCACCCACAAGGCGCAAUCCUGUUAUAUGGUUAUGUGGUUAUAUGUCGUGGCUGAUUGCGAUGGGAAGCGCAUCAGGAUACUCCAACACCGCGACUGGCCGCCGUGAGUGCGCCGCCGCGCCCUUUGGCGCAGCCGCGUCGGCUGGCACAGCAAAGGGGUCACACGGCCCCGAUGUGCAAAAAGAAGGUAUAGGAGGUCAUGGAUUGUGACAUGUUGCGAUGGUCAAUUGGCUGGGGCCCUCGUCAGGCCCCGCGGAUGCCCGGCACAGCGGUGGAGGCGAAGUGAUUGAAACCAUCCGGCUAUGCCCGUUGACGAGGGCCCCCUUACACAGCUUCGUUUGCGUAGGGUUUCCACGCAUCGGCAGCGCGGCCCGUAGGGCCUUGGCUAGGAGGAGCUGGCGGCCCUGAUGGCCCGAUGCUCUAUCCACGUGUGAGUGCGGACGCCGCCACGUUUGAGUGCGGAAUCUGCGCCAGUUCCGGCACGCGUGCAUGCAACCCUGCUCGCCCCUGCUCGCCGCCGCCACCAGAUCCCAAAGAGGUGGGCUUGCUAUCGCCAAUAUCGACAUGCAGCUAUGCAAUCAAAUUUGCUUCACGUUUCUGUGAGGUCGGGCAAAUGACAGUG